AUGCCGUGGCCCCUGCUGCUGGCCCUGCUGCUAUUGCUGGCCGUGAGUGGAGCCCAGACAACUCGGCCAUGCUUCCCUGGCUGCCAGUGUGAGGUGGAGACCUUUGGCCUCUUCGACAGCUUCAGCCUGACUCAAGUGGAUUGCAGCGGCCUGGGGCCCCACAUCAUGCCUGUGCCCAUCCCUCUGGACACAGCCCACCUGGACCUGUCCUCCAACAGGCUGGAGACAGUGAACGAGUCGGUGUUGGCAGGGCCUGGCUAUACUACGCUGGCUGGUCUGGAUCUCAGCCACAACCUGCUCACCAGCAUCUCGCCCACCGCCUUCUCCCGCCUUCGCUACCUGGAGUCACUCGACCUCAGCCACAAUGGCCUGGCAGCCCUGCCGGCAGAGAGUUUCACCAGCUCACCCCUGAGUGACGUGAACCUCAGCCACAACCGGCUCCGAGAAGUCUCCGUGUCCACCUUCAGUACCCACAGCCAGGGCCGGGCACUGCACGUGGACCUCUCCCACAACCUCAUCCACCGCCUCGUGCCGCACCCAGCACGGGCCAGCCUGCCCCCACCCGCCAUUCAGAGCCUGAACCUGGCCUGGAACCGGCUCCGCGCAGUGCCCAACCUCCAAGACUUGCCCCUGCGCUAUCUGAGCCUUGACGGGAACCCUCUGGCUGCCAUCGGCCCAGGUUCCUUCACAGGGCUGGCGGGCCUCACACACCUGUCACUGGCCAGCCUGCGCAGUAUCCCCCAGCUGGCGCAUAAUGGCUUCAGUGAGCUACCAGGCCUGCAGGUCCUAGACCUGUCAGGCAACCCCAAGCUCAAGUGGGCAGGAGCUGAGGUGUUCUCAGGCCUGGGCUCCCUGCAGGAGCUGGACUUAUCAGGCACAGGAUUGGUGGCCCUGCCUGAGAUCCUGCUCCUCCACCUCCCAGCACUACAGAGCGUCAGCGUGGGCCAGGAUGUGCACUGCCGGCGCCUGGUACGGGAGGGGGCCUACCCCCGGCAGCCUGGCUCCAGCCCCAAGGUGGCUCUGCACUGCAUAGACACCCGAGAAUCUGCUGCCAGGGGCCCUGACAUCUUGUGACGAAUGGUAUGGCCUGGGGCCACUUAACAGACUGCUGCCCUGGGCUUACUCAGGUCCCAAGUAACUUAUAUUUUAAUGUGCCAAUGCCAGUGGGGAAUCUGCCGGCCUGUGCAGCAGCAUCACUGUAGGGGCUGUGGACCUAGGAGAGGCUUUGGAGCUGGGACCAACACCCAGGAGCAAAGUCUUGCCUCUUUGUCUGUGUUGCCACCCUGAAGCAUGAGCGGAAGGACUUCAAUGCCAACCAGACUCUGCUCCUUUCCUGCUGCCCUUCCCCACUUGUACCCUAAGUGCCUUCCCUCAUGCCUGGGCUGACCUGAGCCAUGACAGGAGGAGGGUGGGCAGGAGCUACUGCUGCAGGGCAGAGUUCAGGUCCACUGGGCUGAGUGUCUCCUGGGCCCAUGGUCCAGUCACUCAGGGGCAUGAGUUCCUUUACAACAUAGCCCCUUGUAUGCUCUGGGCCCACUUCAUCUUCAUGGGCCCAUUUCACCCUUUUCUCUUUCCCUGGAACCCUGGGGAGAACCCUAGUUAUAGAGGCAACUGGAAAGAAAAAUUGUCUACCCUUCUCAUGUGACAGAUGGAAAAAUGAGGCCUAGAGAAGGAAAAAUGCUAAUCUGAGGCCCUACAGGGGUGGGGACAUGGCUGGAACACAGACUCCUGCCUCCCAGCCUGGGCCCUUUGCACUUUCCAGCCUUCUCUGAGGCAUCCCCUCCCUUUCCCCUUCCUGGGCUCCCUCUUGCUGUUUGCACCUUUUCCAUCCCCAGGGCCAGCAGCAGCAGGACAGCCAGGGGCCUCGGAGGUGGAACCCUGGGCCAGUGACCAGCUGUGUGGCAUAAGCUAAAUCAGUUCACCUUUCAGAGUCUCUGGAAGCUCAGGGCACACUAAUCCCAGCCCUGCCAGUUUCUCACUCUGGGGUGAGGUCCCAUAGCAUCAAGACUGGAAAUGUUCCCACUUCCCCUCAGACACUGCCUCUAGAUGCUUCCCAAGGAGUUGAUGUGGUUCUGAAGCCCCAUCUGGCCAUGAGCUCCAAGGGGCCUCCUGGAUUCAGUCCCCAGUGGGCCUGAGCACUCCCAGAAAUGCAGCGGAAGGAGGCAGAGUCUUCCCAACCCAUGUUGGGCUCUGCCCCCAGGGUGGCAUCUCAGCUUCCCAGCCCUGGGCUCUUUCCUUAGUCUUCAUUUUAUAAAAGUUGCCUUUUUAAUGGACUGUCACUUUCAAUCCCCACCCCCACCCCUGCUGGCAGGGGAUGGAAACAUGUCAUUUAUAAAAGAAGAUAAAAGUUGCCUUUGUUCACUUUUGUAAUAUUGUGUCCUGGGCGUGUGCUGGGGGUGUUGGGCAGAAGCCAGCCGUCAGUGCCUAUGUGGACAUGAGGGGCUGGUUCCAGAGACGCCCACCGGGCAAUGAGAGUUCUGGCUUCCCCCCACCAGCCCAACCCAGCACCUGA